AUGGCUGAAGGGCAAAAGGGACCACGCGUCUACGAGGCGCACCAGGUGGACACGUUCCAUCCACCCGAGAAGAUGCUUGCAAAGCACCCAAGCAAGCCCCACCUGGCCAAUCUCGAGCAGUAUCAGAAACUGUACAAAGAGUCCAUAACGGAGCCCACAAAGUUCUGGGGAAAGCACGCCCGCGAGCUGCUGUCAUGGAGCCGCGAUUUUGAGACCGUCUACAGCGGCUCCCUCCUCAACGGCGACAGCAAGUGGUUUGUCGAGGGUCAGCUCAAUGCCUCCUACAACUGCAUCGAUCGCCAUGCCUUUAAGGACCCCAACCGUGUUGCCCUCAUCUACGAGGCCGACGAGGCCGAGGAUGGACGCAACGUCACCUACGGCGAGCUGUUGCGCCAAGUCUCUAAGACGGCCUGGACUCUCAAGCAGAUGGGUGUGCGCAAGGGUGAUACCGUCGCAAUCUACCUGCCCAUGAUCCCCGAGGCCAUCGUUGCCAUUCUUGCCUGCGUACGCAUUGGAGCCGUUCAUUCCGUCGUCUUCGCAGGCUUCUCCGCCGACUCCCUUCGCGACCGAGUCAUCGACGCCCAGUCCAAGGUGGUCAUUACCACUGACGAGGGCAAGCGUGGUGGCAAGCUGAUCGGCACCAAGAAAAUCGUCGAUGACGCCCUCAAGCAGUGCUCCUGUGUCACUCACGUACUCGUAUAUAAGCGCACUGGUGCCGAUGUCCCCAUGCAGGCGGGCCGUGACUUGUGGUGGCACGAGGAGGUCGAGAAGUGGCCCAGCUACAUCGCCCCCGAGAUCAUGAAUGCCGAGGACCCCUUGUUCCUCCUUUACACCUCUGGCUCCACUGGCAAACCAAAGGGGGUCCUGCACACGACCGCAGGAUAUUUGCUCGGCUGUGCCAUGACCGGCAAGUACGUCUUCGACAUCCAUGAAGGCGACCGCUACUUCUGCGGCGGAGAUGUCGGCUGGAUCACUGGCCAUUCGUACGUCGUGUACGCGCCUCUACUACUGGGUGUCUCCACGGUUGUCUUUGAGGGCACCCCGGCCUAUCCCAACUUCUCGCGAUACUGGGACAUCAUCGACAAGCACAAGAUUACUCAGUUUUACGUGGCCCCGACGGCCCUGCGGUUGCUCAAACGGGCUGGUGACGAGCAUGUGCGGGGCGAGAUGAAGCAUCUCCGCGUGCUCGGCUCCGUGGGGGAGCCCAUCGCUGCCGAGGUCUGGAAGUGGUACUUUGAAGUGGUUGGCAGGGAGGAAUCGCACAUUGUUGACACUUACUGGCAGACGGAGACGGGCUCCAACGUCAUCACCCCUCUAGCCGGAAUCACUCCGACCAAGCCAGGGUCCGCGUCGCUGCCCUUCUUCGGCAUCGAGCCCGCCAUCAUCGAUCCGGUUUCGGGCGAGGAAAUACACGGAAACGACGUCGAUGGCGUUCUCGCCUUCAAGCAAGCAUGGCCCAGCAUGGCGCGCACCGUGUACGGCGCCCACAAGCGAUAUAUGGACACCUACCUCAACGUAUACAAGGGCUACUACUUUACCGGUGAUGGCGCUGGCCGUGACCACGAGGGAUUCUACUGGAUCCGUGGCCGUGUGGAUGAUGUCGUCAACGUCAGCGGCCACCGCUUGUCGACGGCGGAAAUCGAGGCGGCUCUGAUCGAGCACCACGCUGUCGCCGAGGCCGCCGUUGUCGGCGUUGCCGAUGAGCUCACGGGCCAAGCUGUCAACGCCUUCGUCGCUGUCAAGGAUGGCAACAAUGCGGACGACGCGCUGCGCAAGGAGUUCAUCAUGCAGGUGCGGAAGAGCAUCGGGCCUUUUGCGGCGCCCAAAGCCAUCUAUGUUGUGCCGGACCUGCCCAAGACACGAAGCGGAAAGAUUAUGCGGCGCAUCUUGCGGAAGAUCCUGGCGGGCGAGGAAGACCAGUUGGGCGACACGACGACGCUGUCGGAUCCGUCCAUUGUGGACAAGAUUAUCAAGACGGUUCACGAGUCCAAGGCGAAAUGA